AUGAAGGUAAUUAAAACAUUGUCUAUUAUAAAUUUCUUUAUUUUUGUUACCUUUAAUAUUAAAAAUGAAAGUAAAUAUAGCAACACAUUCAUAAACAAUGCUUAUAAUAUGAGUAUAAGGAGAAGUAUGGCAGAAAGUAAGCCUUCUACUGGUGCUGGUGGUAGUGCUGGUGGUAGUGCUGGUGGUAGUGCUGGUGGUAGUGCUGGUGGUAGUGCUGGUGGUAGUGCUGGUUCUGGUGAUGGUAAUGGUGCAGAUGCUGAGGGAAGUUCAAGUACUCCCGCUACUACCACAACUACCAAAACUACCACAACUACCACAACUACUAAUGAUGCAGAAGCAUCUACCAGUACCUCUUCAGAAAAUCCAAAUCAUAAAAAUGCCGAAACAAAUCCAAAAGGUAAAGGAGAAGUUCAAGAACCAAAUCAAGCAAAUAAAGAAACUCAAAAUAACUCAAAUGUUCAACAAGACUCUCAAACUAAAUCAAAUGUUCCACCCACUCAAGAUGCAGACACUAAAAGUCCUACUGCACAACCUGAACAAGCUGAAAAUUCUGCUCCAACAGCCGAACAAACUGAAUCCCCCGAAUUACAAUCUGCACCAGAGAAUAAAGGUACAGGACAACAUGGACAUAUGCAUGGUUCUAGAAAUAAUCAUCCACAAAAUACUUCUGAUAGUCAAAAAGAAUGUACCGAUGGUAACAAAGAAAACUGUGGAGCAGCAACAUCCCUCUUAAAUAACUCUAGUAAUAUUGCUUCAAUAAAUAAAUUUGUUGUUUUAAUUUCAGCAACACUUGUUUUAUCUUUUGCCAUAUUCAUAUAA